AUGUUUAUGGUAACACAUUUACUGAUCCACAAUGUUGGAAUGGUGUUGGGUAAUACACUACAAGAAGAAUUCGACGCAAAUGUUGAUGCGACUGCGUUUACUGAUCUCAAGAUGGAUCACACGAACUGGCUUGUAUUUGAGGGGGUGAAAUUCAAUGAUGAUGAGAUGACUACAAUGAAUGUCUACUGGGCUAAUGAAGUGGACAAAGAGAAAGUACACUAUACUCUCAAGAAUCAUAGUUUGGCUAAACUUAAGCUAAAAGGUGCUGUUGAACAAAUAUCACACAACAAUAACGAAAUUGGUGAUGCUGAUGAUAUUAGAAUAUUCUUAAAG